AUGGCGUUACCAGCACUCCCACCGAAUGGCCGCCUGAUCGAUAUCAGCACCCACAAGCUAGCCCUGUACACUCAUGGACCUGAGCCCAGCAGCCCCGACGAAACGGUCAUCCUGUUCGUCUCAGGCGUGGCAAGUGAUGCCUUGAACUGGCAGGCCGUGGUAGGACAGCUCUCUCCAUCGCUACGCAGUUACACCUACGAUCGCUCUGGCUACCGUAACUCCGAGUCUUCACCGCUCGCUCCCACAGCCGAGCAUAUCGCUCUAGAGCUCUCGCUUCUGAUCGAAGAGGCAUCUAUCUCUCAUCCUCUUAUUCUUGUCGGGCAUUCUUGGGCAGGCGUGCUCUUACACGAGUUCAUCGCCCUCAAAGGGACCGCACAAAUAGCAGGUUUGGUACUUGUGGAUGCAAAUCACGAGACAGCACCGCUUGUCGUGGAUGUCAAUGACCCAAUUCUCUGGUCCAUUGCCGCAGGCGUAGACGUAUACUCCGCUUGGGGCCUGGAAACCAAUCACAAAUUAACGCCCGAAGAGUGGAAUGAAUUCAUAGCCGGAGAAUCGACUGAGAAGUACAGGCUGAUCGCUCAUAAGGAGGAUGUUGAACAGUAUGCUCCAAGUUUCGAGACACUGCGCAAGAAGGAGCUAGGCAAGAAACAACCACUCCUUGGAGACAAGCCGGUCUUCGUGAUUGGCGGCAUACGGAGUAGAGACUGGAAUGGAUUGUAUCAGGCAGGCAUCGCUAAAGGCAAUGGGACAGAAGAGGAAAGGAAAUAUGUUAGGGAUUUGAUCGCGGGCAUUGAUGAGAAGAUGGCUAAGCUCAUGAAGGAGUUUUCGAAGCUCUCGACAAAGAGUGAGCUCGUGUUUGCCACGGAGAGUGGACACUUUGUGCAGAUGACACAGCCGGAGGUUGUUGUUGACGGAGUGCAAUGGGUUCUCGACAACCAACCAGCAUGA